GUGCCCAACACUCACAAACCUGGCAGAGAGACCCCAAAAUAUUCAAUAAAUCUCCUGAAGUAGCCGCGAUGAUUUUGUGAAUCAAAAUUUGUCACACUUGGAAUUUAUUACAUCCAGAAAAUGAACUGCUUAGUGAAACCAUUGGUCCAUCCUAGUACCGUAAACACGCCCCGUUUUAGUACAUUAAUGAAAAGUCCCCCGCUCAGCGUGUGGGUGGGCCUAGGUUUUUAUCAAUGGAAACCAUUUGUUCUUUUUCGGAAAAGUAACUUCAAAGACUCUAUAACCCGAACGUGCCAGUCAUUUUUAUCUUUGAUGAUGCGACUUCAGAAUCAUGGUCCAGACCUUUCCGCGUGACUUGGCCCCGGGCUCUAGUUAGUGUAAGUGGGUACAUUCCCUCACAGGAACCACUGCGUGGAGGCAUGGUGGUGCUCGGUUCGCUGUUACCCCCAGGAAUUUUCAUGGUGCUAGUGACUCUAGGGUCUGGACUCCAGUGCCCCGCCUGUGAACGUAUACACUGUAGCCCCCGGAAACCCUCCCAGCUGACUUGUAAAGGUGGUAUCAGCACGGGGAUAUGUGGUUGCUGCCCGACCUGUGCUAAGGUGUCGGGGGAGCGGUGUGGUGGGGAUUUUAAUUAUCUCGGUAAAUGUGAUAGAGGACUUUAUUGUCAAAUUCAGGACCCUCAGAAAUUCACGGACCGCCAACCCGAGGGAAAAUGUGUUUUAGUACCAUCACAUAUACAAGAUGCUCCGAAGCCACAGCAGAAAUGCCGACCCAAGUGUUCGCCCAAAUUUUGCCGUGAACACCCCAGAGCAAUAUGCAGUGCCAUCAAAGUAGCGGAGCUAUCACGUGACUGCCAAUUUCCUUGUCAGCAUACUUCCUGUCAGGCCUGUAGAUUUAUAGCGGAACCAAAAUGUAAAUCCUGUCUAAAAGACGACUUCCGCUGUCUCAAACGAUACGGAAAGUGUGUCAGACGUCAGUAUUGUACGAAGAGGAAGUUCCCGUGUCGAAAACAGUACAGUAAAAAACAGGAUGGACGAUUUCAGUGCGCUGUGCCAAGUUGUUCUUAGGGAAGGAAAUGACACUGAUGACGUCACGAACUCAGGCAAAUUCGAUUGAGAAUUCUGAAUGGCCUUGUUUAAGCACAUGCCAUUCGUAUAUGUUUGUGAUAAUUAAGUCUUGUUAUUCAUUUGUUGUUGUUUGUUUUAUACCUUUACAAAAUGGCUGAGUUACACAUUAUUUUUUGAUGCUGGGUCUACUGCAUCAUGUUUCUGUUCUCCCUUUUAUUAUUUUUACCAAGGCGAUAUCAACAUUGUGCGAUGGCAUGAUACAAAUACAGAUUGUUAUAUUCAUUUGUUCAAAUAAAUAAGUCUUAUAUUUGAA